GCUGUUCCAUUGAUGAAUUUUGACAUGUGGCACCGGUAGUCGGUCCAUUCAACUCUGCAGUUGACCUAAAAGUUUGACGUUUGUACUUUGUGUAAGAGUAAAUCUGACACUAUGAUACCGCGAUAACAGGAUACGAUUGAUCAGGUAGCUAUAGCAUGAGCGAGUACAGUCGCCUGUUCAGCAGUGGGGCCGAUCCUACACGUGUGGUGCUCAACCCUGGCACUGAGGAUGUCCUGAUUUGCUAUGGAUACAGGGAGAACAGAUGGAAACUGCUGUUGUUUAUUCUCCUCUCCUGCAGCAGCUUUGGCUUUGUACUCCUGUUGAUGCUAUGGCGCCCAGAAUUAGAGUGCUACAUCAAAAGGAAGAAGUGCCAUCUGAUAGAGGCAGACACCAUCCUCAUUCAAGAUCAUGUGAAGCGAUGGUUUGUCAGCCAGGUUAAGACAAAUGGAUUUGAUGAUUAUAUUGGAGUACCAGAAAAGUACCACCAGUUCAGGGAUCUAUCUGACGACGAUGACUCUGACUGCUCAGACACCACCAAACUAAGACAGCCAGAUGUCAGUCUGAAGUAUUUUGACCACCAACAUUUGAGAUAUAUUUGGGAGCAGGAAGUGCGAUCCUUUGUCCAGCUCCAGGAUCUAUCCUAUAACACCAAAUGUUCCACCAUGCAGGAGUCGUUCCAGGGCCUGUCGCAGCGAGAGCAAGCUCAGAAACAAGUAGUUUAUGGAGAGAAUCUGAUUGAUGUGGAAGUCAAAUCUUACUGGAGACUUUUUAUUGAGGAGGUGAUGAAUCCAUUUUACAUAUUCCAAAUCUUCAGUAUUAUCCUAUGGAUGAUGGACAAUUAUUACUACUAUGCCGCCUGUAUAUUUCUCAUCUCUCUCAUCUCAAUAACCAUCUCACUUCGUCAGAUCAAGAAGCAAAGUAUAGCACUUCAUGACAUGGUAGCAGUGUCUGAGCAGACAAUUGAAAUUUGCUUGGGACAAGGAAGAGGGUACGAAAAGGUUCUAACAUCACGUCUUGUCCCUGGGGAUUUGAUUGUGCUUCCACAAAACGGAUGUACCAUGACGUGUGACGCAGUGCUGGUAACAGGAACCUGUAUAGUCAAUGAGAGCAUGCUGACAGGUGAGAGUGUACCGGUUACAAAAACGCCCCUCACACACCAGGAGGAUGAGGAAAUCUACUCUCCGGAGGCUCACAAACGUCACACUCUGUUCUCUGGAACUCAUGUCAUGCAGACACGAUACUACGGCUCAGCAAGGGUCACAGCAGUAGUGGUGCGAACAGGUUUCAGAACUGCAAAAGGAGAGCUUGUACGAUCAAUUCUAUUUCCCAAACCAAUUGAUUUCAAGUUUUACAGAGAUUCCAUGAAGUUUGUGAUGUUUUUGGGAUUUAUAGCUGCACUUGGAAUGAUUUACACUGUUGUGAUAUACAUAAGAGAUGGGAUCCACCCUUUUAACAUUGUUCUGCGAGUACUAGAUGUGAUUACCAUCAUUGUACCAGCUGCUCUACCUGCUGCCAUGACAAUAGGCACAGCAUACGCUCAGAAUCGACUGAAGAAUGAUAGCAUCUAUUGUAUUAGCCCUCCAAGGAUUAAUUUUGGUGGUCGACUAGAUGCCUUCUGCUUUGAUAAGACUGGGACUUUGACUGAGGACGGUCUCGACAUGAUGGGAACCAUUCCGGUCCACAACACCAGUUUUCUGCCUAUCCAAACAGACCCGUCUAAACUGGACCAUGGACCUAUUUUAAAUGCCAUGGCUACCUGUCACUCACUGACCAUGAUAGAUGGGGAACUGUCCGGGGAUCCUCUCGACUUGAUCAUGUUUGAAUCCACAAAAUGGGUGCUGGAGGAGCCUGGACGAGACACAAGUAAAUUUGAUACAAUGAUGCCAACAGUUGUCAAACCUUGUACAAGAGACACAUUCCUUCCUAACCAGGAACAGCCUCCACUUGAAAUUGGUAUCAUCCGCCAGUUCACAUUUUCUUCUAACAUGCAAAGGAUGAGUGUUAUCACACGAGAACUUGGCAAAGAACACAUGGAGCUGUACUGUAAAGGUGCUCCUGAAAAAAUUAUCUCCCUUUGUGUGUCAUCUACAGUGCCAGUUAAUUUUAUAGAAGUACUGCAGAGUUACACUUUACAAGGACAUAGAGUGAUUGCCCUUUCCUGGCGACCUCUUGACCCUAAACUUACCUGGCAUCAGUCUCAGAGGAUAUCUAGAGACAAAGUGGAGAAGGAUAUGAUAUUCCUUGGAUUGAUUGUAAUGCAGAACAAACUUAAACCCCAGACACGGCCAGUGAUCCGCAAACUCAUCGAAGCUAAUAUUCGCUGUGUCAUGAUAACAGGAGACAUGAUAGAGACAGCAGUGAGUGUAGCCAGAAACUGUGGUAUGGUACCACCAAAUGACAAAGUAAUCAUUGUGGACGCUGUGCCACCUGAUCGAGAUGGACCAGCUCGUGUAGAAUACAGACACUCGGAGAUGCCGUCUGACAGUGGUACCGGCGUCUCUCUGGAGUAUUCCCAAGUACACAUGGAUGGCUCUGAUAUAAAUUUCCACUUCGCUAUAAAUGGGAAAUCUCUAUCUGUGAUAACCAACCACCUUCCCGAUCUACUGUCCAGGAUCUGUGUAGUCGGCACUAUUUUUGCAAGGAUGAAGCCAGAUCAGAAAUGUCAACUUAUAAACAAGUUACAAUCUCUUGGGUAUCAUGUGGGUAUGUGUGGUGAUGGUGCUAAUGAUUGUGAGGCUCUGAAGGCAGCCCAUGUAGGAAUAUCUUUGUCAGAGGCAGAGGCGUCCAUAGCAGCACCCUUCACCUCCAGCAUACCACACAUAGAAUGUGUCUACACUGUAAUAAGAGAAGGCAGGGCUGCUCUUACCACUUCUUUUGCCUGUUUUAAGUAUAUGGCUCUAUACAGCUUUAUACAGUUUGUGUCUGUGAUGAUUUUGUAUUCCUUUGAAGCCAACCUGUCUGAUACUCAGUUUUUGUAUGUAGAUCUCGUCAUAACAACAAGUAUAGCUAUAUUUAUGGGUUACACCAAACCAACUUUAGUGCUAUCCCCUAAGCGACCACCCGGUAGUUUGGUUAAGUUGUCCAAUCUGCUGUCCAUCAUUGUCCAUGUAGUGUUAGUUGCACUUGUUCAAGUGGGUGCUUUAUUCUACCUAAAAUCACAAAGCUGGUACACAAGAGCACUGCCAAGCCAUGAUGCUGAAAACACCAAGUGCUGGGAGACCACAACUAUAUUUCUGGUAUCCUCCUACCUCUAUAUGGCUGUGGCAUUUUGUUUCUCGCGCGGACCACCCUACAGGAAACCUAUUUACACAAACAUUCCUUACCUUAUAACACUGGUGUCACUUGUGUCAUUUUCUACAAUGAUGCUGUUACUAGCUCCUCAUCCAAUUCUCAAUUUCUUUGGUAUAAUGCCUUUAUGGGAGAAGAGCUUUGAUUUCCGUCUGUUGAUGCUAGCAUUUCCAGCUACACAUUUGGUCCUGUGUUGGACAGCUGAGUACACGCUGACAGCUACCAAAUGUGUGAAAAAAAUAAAAGCUUUAUGCAAAAAGAAGAAAAAGGCACAAGACACAUACAAGUAUAUACGCAGUGAAAUAAUGAUGACAGAUUGGCCCCCUAUCAGUGAAACUUCAUCAGGAAAUGACAUACAGGCUAUGGAUCAGGAGGCCAAGGAGGAAGAAGAAAGUAGGAAUGCAAAGAUGAUCAAUUAAUGUUAAUCAACUGUGAUGUCUUAAAACAUGUUUAAGCAAUAUUUCGUUAUUUGUAGCCUGGUGUUUUAGAAUUUGCACUAAGUGCAAGCUUAGGGUCAUUAUUUGUUGGUUAUUAACAUGUUUUGUUAUUAAAUUAACAGUAACUGUCUGUGAUCUCUGUAACAACUUACAAUCUGGAAAACUUCUGUCAACCUGCUCACAUGGUUAAAACUCAUUACCGAUUACUGCCUGAGAUCAAUAAAAAAAACUUACACCCCAGACAAACUUCUGUCAGGCUGUUUGUUCUGACGGUUAAAACUCGUUACUCGACGCUAUUUAUGAUUUCAUCUUCUUACAUUAUUACUCACUUCAUGGACAGCUUCUCAUUUUUUCAUCCAUCUCAGAAAAUAAUCACUCAUUUUCAUGUCUAUUAAACGACAACAAGAAACAAAGAGAUAUACAGACACCUUAUAAGGUAAUAGGAACUCUGCCAUCACUGUACUAUAGAAUACAUCCAGUAAUAUGUCACUGUUGUACAUCUGGUUUGAUAAACUUAAAAGAGUCUUCAAUGCAAAUAGAUACUAACAGACAUGAGGUUGAGAAACAACACUAACAAAUAGCUGGUUAAAACUUUUGUUGAAAGUUUAAAGGCUACAGGUCUUGGUAUCAGUUCAAGUCUCGAGGAAAUCUGGGGUCUGCUUUACAUAUUGAAAAGCUGUAGUGUAUAGAGAGUAACGAUAAGAUUUAUUUUUCUCUGAAAAUCUUAACUUUGAAUCAAUAUUAGCAUCAAAUAUAGCUUUAUAAUAAUGUGUAGUCAUUUAGCUGUUGUUGACAGGAGACAGCAAACAGGCUUCAUUCAAAUGUUUAUUACAAUUAUAACCAAGCUGAUGCUGGAUGUCUGAGGACAGAAUUGUAUCCAAAGUAAUGUUGAUCAUUCUUUCUGCCAUUUCCUUUGAUUUGCCCAUGUAAUCAGUAUUACAUAGUUAACCACUCAUGAUUUAUCUUUUAUUUUGAUAUUUUUUAUGGUAGCUUCUCUCCUUUUAUGAUUUUAGACUAUAAAGUUUAUCAUGUGUAAUGCUGCUUACGUUCUCAACUGAAGCUUUAUGAUCAGUACAUUAAUAUACACUCAUUAUAUAAAAUAGAAAUUAAAUAUCAAUUCUUCACAAAGUCUAGUGAGGUUUAUUUUUUUUUUUUAUUUUUCUUUGAUGUGUUUAUGAGUUGAUGGGAACUUUUUAUCAUUCCUUGUUUAAAGUUUUUUCAUGGUUCCCUCACUGCCAAUCAUUAAAAUUAGUGUACUUAUAACCUGUACUGUAGGUAGUUGAGCACUUGCAGUUAAUUUUGAUGAUUAUCUCGGGUGUUAUGUCCCUUCAAUCAUAUGGCAUCUGAACAAAUUUUAAUAACCAUCUUUAUGAGACUGAACUCUAUGGCCGUUUUCGUUUUUGCAAUCCAAAUGGUUGGACCAGUUGGACUUGUGUUGUUCGUUUAUGACAUAAAGACGGACCUGGUGAUUUUAUAUUGUUUUCAGACGAGCCUUGAAAAAGACUUCUAAGGCCUGUAUUAACAUUUGCAGGCCCAUCAAGAUAUGUUAUGAAAUAUUACAUUUAAAAACUGGCGAACCGGUUUGUCCGCAUAAACGAAAAGGCCCUAUGUCAACAUUAGGUCAUAAAAUAUUGGAAUAAGAGAUAUCUGUAUAUUUUAUUUCAAACCAGUGUUGUAACUUGUACAUGACAUGUGCUGUGAAUUUGUUAAUAUCUUAAUAUCCUGUGUAAAUUUUUAUGUCAAAGACUAUGUCGAUUAUAUCUACCAUUGAUGUAUAUUGUAACGAUGACUUUAACCAAGAACUUGUGAUACCAAGGCAUGUUUGUAUAAUUAUAUUGUCAGAACUUGUGAUACUAAGGCAUAUUUGUAUAAUUAUAUUGUCAAAACUUGUGAUAUUAAGGCAUGUUUGUAUGAUUAUACUGCUGUUCUAGCCAAGUUCAGAAAAGACCCACUCAUAUCAGUAGGCACUCUUAUUCAACACACCAGUUAUAGUAUUAUAGGAUUGAUCAGUUGUAAGAUUGAUUUCAGAAUAUAAAUCAAUGUAAAAUUAAUUACAAUGAAUAUCCUUUUGAAACUUCUGUGCCAAGCACAUGCAUUCUUUUCAGAAAUAAUUUAACUUGGCAUUGGUAAUAUAUAUUGUGUUCAAGAAUAUCAUCUUUACGAUGAUGAUGAUGAUAAUGAUCCCAAAAUUACACAUAUGUAAUUAUGUUAUCGACAAAUUAUUUGUGUAUAUUUUUGUCCAUUAUAUUAAGCAUGUAUAUAUGACUGUUUGAUGUAUGUUUACCAGGUGAACUUUAGUAAUUUGUGGUAAGUAAUGUUUGACCUUGGCUCUAUGGUGCUGGUACAUUCCGUGAGAAUUUAACUCCUAACACUGCUUCUCAUUAUACAGGAGACGGACAUAAUCUGAGUAGAUCUUCAAACUUCACUGACAGUAGGCUUCAUCCUAACUAGUAUUAUUCAUUCAAAUAGGGGAUUGGAUAUGAUUGGCUGGUUAAGUAGGUCUUUAAGACUUAUACAGCUGUAUAGACUUCAGAUUUUUUCAUUCCUCUUUUUGUCCUAAUUUUUUUUUACACAACAGAAUCAUUUUCUUGACAUUAAUAAUCUGUAGCAUAUUGUUAAUAGAAGCUUUUAUAUUUUGUAUUCACGGUCUUAAAUCACCUAAAUAACAUGUUUUUCCCCUCCUAUCCUAAUUCUAAGGAUUAAUAGCCAAAAUAAAACAUACUUUGACAUUCCAAUGAUUUCACAUUGCAUUUCAAUGGUUUGAAACAUUUAUUUUUGUAAUUAUUCAUGAAAAGAUAUCAUUUAUUUCUUUUAGCUUGAAUUAAAUGGCCUUGUGUCAAACUAUUUCUCCUGGCCAAAUACUGAUUUCAUUGAGAUCAUAUAAAUGGAACAUAAAAACACUCAUACUACUUUGUUUGGUUUUGAAGUCCCAAACAGAACACAAGACAAAAAUGUCACUUUUUCUGGAUAGAAUUUAAAUAAAAAGAGAAAACUGCCUUCUCUACUUCUUCAGUAUGAUACUGUAAACAGUGAUUUAUUUUCUCGUGGUGUUACAGGUACCUGUACUUAAAUUUAACCAUUACUAGAGUAUCAUGGCACAAACGCUAUUGUUGUGUAUCAAAAAGUGAUGUGCCUGAACACGUGUUAUGUAGAAAUAUUGUUAUAACUAUCACACUCAGCUUAUUAUGUACAUACUAAACUAAUAAUGAACUCUCUGAAGGUACUCCAGAACUGAGUAGUGAAUUCCACAGUAACUGUAAAUUAAAUGUAUCUAUUAAACUUUGACUAAUAAUCAGAAAUAUAUUCCUUCAUGUUUUCCAUCUGUACUAAUACAGGAUCAUUCAUUCACAUAUGUUUCUAUUUAACUCAUAACUCUGAAGUAAAAAUAAGUAGGUAAAACACGGUUCAGCAAAGCUAAGUAGAAAAUUUGUCUCUGGUCUUGUGUAGGCCUAAUCACCACGCAUAAACAUUAGUGAUCACAUACAUUGGGUUUUGUUAGCUUCAUCUAGAGAUGAUACAAUUAUUGCAAGUGUAAAUAUUGUCAAUUUAUGACAUUGUGUCAUAAGGAGGUCGGUUAUGUGACCUUGCUGUGCAUUAAAUCAUUACAACUGUCAUCAUAAUACUCCAUGUCGAAUUUUUGAGGGUUUAAAAACAAACAAAUAUUUAUGCUGAUCAGUAAUAUUAAUUUAAGCAUAAUUUUCUUGAAAGAAUAUAUAAGCUUUAAAAUCUAUAAAAACAAUCUUUUCUGUAUUAUUAUAAUUCUUUGUUUUAAAAGAUCACUGAAAAUUUGUAACUAAUAUGUGUAUUUUUAUAAUAUGUAUUUAUCAAACUAUGCAAUAUUUAUAUAUAACAUGCAAAACUUGCCUAUAAUUUUUCUUCAUGAACAAAUUAGGGGGAAAUGUACAUCUUAGAAAAGUUAGUUUUAUACUAAUUAAGCUUUGUGU